AUGACGUCGUUAUUCACGGGGACUCUAGACAAAUGCAAGGCUUGCGAUAAGACUAUGAGCAAUUAUUCAUCCAUGGAUGGAGUCCUCUAUUGCAAGACUCACUUUGAACAACUCUUCAAACAAUCUGGCAAUUUUAGCAAGAACUUCCAAACAGGUGGAAGACACGAUAGGGACAAUUCCACGGCUACGAGGGCACCAAACAAAAUGUCCUCUUUCUUCUCUGGAACAAUAGACAAAUGUGCAGCUUGUAACAAGACUGUAUAUCCUCUCGAAAAGAUGACAAUGGAGGGGGAGCCAUACCACAAGUCAUGUUUCAAGUGUGCACAUGGAGGUUGUCCUCUCACACAUUGUUCUUAUGCCGCUCUAAAUGGAGUCCUCUAUUGUAAGAACCACUUUGCCCAACUUUUCAUGGAGAAAGGAAAUUACAAACAUGUCCUCGAUGCUGCUACUCAUCGGCGAAGUGCUGUUGUUAUGGUCGCCAGCGAUGAUAAAAAGCCCGAUGUCAUUGAAGGAUCAGAAGGCGAGGAACAACCCUAA